AUGGAGUCCACCGCCUUGAUUCAACAAGGCAAAACAUUUGCACAAGAACAGAUUAUUCUACCUCAUCUAGCAGAACAUCAAGUCUAUGUAAAGGUUGAAUAUGCAGCUUUCAAUCCGACCGACCGGCUUGCGCUCGAUGUUGAUGCCUUCGGAGACGGCGCCGUGCUGGGAUGUGACUUUUCUGGUACGGUAGUUAGCAUCCAUUCGAAUGUGACAAAGUUACAGAUUGGUGAUAAAGUCGCGGGUUUUGUCUGGGGCGCUCAUACAUGCAUUAGGAGAGAUCAAAGGCUUAGGGGCAUACUCGUGAGCUCCAGCUCUGUAUUUUGUCUUGAGGUCUAG